AUGGAGACGCCUAAUCCAUAUCGCGCUUCGGGUCGGCCCCGAAAAGGGUUGCAGAUAUGUUUCCAGUGCCGGAACCGCAAGGUCCGAUGUGACGGCGCACCUGGAGGUUGCGAAAAUUGUCGUCGGCUCAAGUUUCAUUGCUCCUUUGCAGCACCUGAUCAGUUGCCGGAUGCUGCAAAUUCUUCCACUCCUAGCAGCAGUGACCCAAGCCAUCUGAGGCUGGAGAAGCGUCGCGUGCGUACUGCUUGCAUACAAUGUCGUGACAAGAAGACAAAGUGCUGUGGCACGCAGCCCUCAUGUCAGCGAUGCUCUCAUCGGGGUGUGGACUGCCAGUACCCAGAUGUGUCUAAGUCUUCAUCAACCAGAAACCCAAAUUCGGAUCUCCGACACCAACCACCGGCUACAGUGCGUGGUGGUUCGGAAAACAGCAUGGAAAAUAGAACUUCAUCUAUGAAUCGAGAUUCCUCCGUUGCGCAUUCACCAGCCUCGUCACUUGGGUUUGAGUUGAACUCGAACAAGACAAUCAUCAAGCAACACAUCGAUGCUUUCUUCGACUUUGUCUAUCCAAUACCCUGCUAUGGCUUCAUCCACAAGGCAACCUUCUGUCAAAGCUGGGCACAGGACACAUACAACCCGCGCCUUCUGAAGGCAAUGUGUGGUCUGACAACGCGCUAUAUUGCAUCAGGGGACAGUAACCGUCUGCAACAAGCGACUAGAUGGAUCCAAGAGUCGGAGAUGCAGCUCUUUAUGCGGCUCAGUGAGCCUUCCAUGUCGGAUAUCGAGGCACUUAUGCUCACUACACUGGACCACAUCAUCGCUCGUCGAUUUAGUAAAAUGCUAGUAUCUGCUUGCCUUGCAGCAAGACUAGCAUUCAUGAUGCGACUCAACUAUGAAGAUGGCCGCCUAAGCUUCCUUACUCAAGAGCGUCGCCGGCGUCUCAUGUGGGGGAUCUACACCAUGGAAACGCUUUACUCCAGCGGAAGAACAGAAUUCACCGGGUGUCCGAAGGAAACAAUACACCUCCAACUUCCCUGCCACGAGCGAUCUUUUACUCUGGAUAUUCCUGUAAUGACAGAACCUCUGAAGCCCCCGGAAAAUCAAUGUUCUCUGGAGCUAGGUCUGAUGGCGUACAAUAUCCGAGUCCUCGACAUUCGAGAUCGAAUACAAAGGUUAUCGCACACAAUCACACAUCAUCGGAAGCCCUUAGUUGAAUGUGUUUCGCUCCUCAAAGGACUUGUGGACGAACUCGAUGCGCUGCGCCGUUCGCUACCGCCACAAUUUGCAUUCGACAAAAAGAACCUCUUUCUCCGAGCCUACACCCCACAACGCACCCCUUUCGUCAUGUUCCAUACAUGGUGGCAUCAGUGCCAAUGCGAUAUGUACAGGUUUACGAUACCGGGCUUUCGGGAAGGUCUCCCCGUGGAAGAGUUGCAAACUCUGCCUCAGGACUUGGUCUCUUUCUGCAGAGACAAGUGUCUCCAGCAUGCGCUUGCUGUUGCGAAUAUCAUGGCAACAGUGAAUGAAAUGGGGAGAGACAUUUUUAUCACAGAUCCGGCCUUGGUGAUGUGUACUUUCCACUCUGCCCGUGUCAUAUCACGGCUUGGAUCAAGCCAGUUCGCCAACUUGCCCAAGGAUGUCUUGAUAUCCAAACUGAAGGCGUGCUCAGAUAUUCUGGAGACGCCAGCUGAGAUAUACCCCACCACCAAGCUGUUGCGAGGUGGAAUUGCAGAUCUCAUACACGAUGUGGAGCGUGACUCUGGGGACUCCAGCCCGCUCAGAUCUAAUUGGGAGGCCGAACAGCCAGGAUCCGACAACGAGGCGACCGGGGCUCAACAACCUGGUGUGGAGAGAGGUACGCAAGGGUCGGUGACGGAGGUCUAUUCAAAAUACAGCGUCACAGAUGAGAUUCGGAAACUGAAAUUCCAACAAGACGGUGAAGAGGACAGGGAUGAGUACCAGUCAAAUGCGCCGGCAAUAGGGGUGGGCGCAGAUGGUGUCACACCUCAGCAGUUCCUGAUGACCGAUAUGUCAAAGGAGCAUGGCCCGCAGCCAUACAUGCCGAUGCCUCAAGAUUUGACAGCCAAUGGCUUUGGCUUUUCAGAAGCUGGCUUCGGUACAAGUGCGGCACCGUACGAUGUAUCAAUGACUCUGGGUUUUGAGCCGAGUUACGGGGAAUGUCAGCCAGACUUAUUUCUAGAUACCUUCAUGCCACUCCAAAACGACUGGAAUAUGGCUGAUUCUGGUUGCUUUUGA